AUGCUUAUUAACAUCCAGACAAAACUUCUGGGUAUAAUCAUCUGGGGAUUUGGGGGGCACCUUGUCACCUCCAAUGUCAUCAUAGCCCACUUCGUUCAGGGAUUCCUCUUCAUCCCCUACUGCAUCGUGGCUCCAGACACGGUGAUCCACUGUGAGGGAGAGCCGAUCAAGCGAGAGGAUGAAGAGGAAUCCCUGAACGAAGUGGGCUAUGAUGACAUUGGAGGCUGCCGAAAGCAACUGGCUCAAAUCAAGGAAAUGGUGGAGCUCCCUCUCAGGCACCCGGCUCUCUUUAAAGCUAUCGGUGUGAAGCCUCCCCGUGGUAUCCUGCUUUACGGUCCACCUGGUACUGGGAAGACCCUGAUUGCCCGAGCUGUGGCAAAUGAGACUGGAGCUUUCUUCUUCCUGAUCAACGGUCCCGAGAUCAUGAGCAAGUUGGCAGGUGAGUCGGAGAGUAAUCUGCGGAAGGCCUUCGAGGAAGCCGAGAAGAACGCGCCUGCCAUCAUCUUCAUUGAUGAACUGGAUGCCAUUGCUCCCAAAAGAGAGAAGACGCACGGCGAAGUAGAACAGCGUAUUGUGUCUCAGUUGCUGACGCUCAUGGAUGGCCUGAAGCAGCGAGCACAUGUGAUUGUAAUGGCCGCUACCAACAGACCAAACAGCAUUGAUCCUGCACUCCGGCGAUUUGGGCGCUUCGACAGGGAGGUGGAUAUUGGCAUUCCAGAUGCUACUGGCCGCCUGGAGAUUUUGCAAAUCCACACCAAGAACAUGAAGCUGGCUGAUGAUGUUGAUCUGGAGCAGGUGGCCAACGAGACCCAUGGCCACGUUGGGGCAGACUUGGCCGCGCUGUGCUCCGAGGCAGCUCUGCAGGCGAUCCGCAAGAAGAUGGAUCUCAUCGACCUUGAGGAUGAGACCAUUGAUGCUGAAGUGAUGAACUCGCUGGCGGUGACCAUGGAUGACUUCAGGUGGGCCCUGAGCCAGAGCAACCCCUCUGCCCUGCGUGAGACCGUGGUGAAAGUGCCAGCAGGGUCUUUCCACAGCCAGGAGGCCCAUAGAACAACACCCCUUUGGAGGGGGUCAUGCCAAACUUAA